CCAAAACUUACAAAAAAGAUUUAAUCUGUAAAUUUCUUGAAAAACCAAUAUUCAUCUCUUUAUAAAGUCAUGUAAUUAGAGUUGAUCACUUGAAAACAUGAAGUCUCAUCAAAAAAAUACUCUAUUAUACUGAUAUCCUAUCUUUUGGUUUAGCUAACGAAGUAUAAUUUCUUAAAAUAACUGAAAUUAGACCUAUUGACAUGGUAAUUAAUGAAAAGUCUCCUAAAGAAGAAAAACUUCAAGAAAAACAGAUAUUAGUCCAAAUUACUAAACUUCUAAAAUAUUCAUAAUUUUAAUAACUAGAUCUUGUGAUGAAUAUUUUUUAAAACUAAAGUCAAGAAGACUAUUUGAAUAAUAUUAUUAGCCGAGAUUAAAAUAAUAAUAUAUACAAAAAUGAUAAUUAAUAAUCAAGAAGGCAAUCAAUAAUAGCAACUAAUUGA